GUUGGUGAGACACUGAUGAAUAAAGACUCAUCACGCUCACACUCAAUAUUCACGGUUUAUGUCGAAGCGAUGCUUGAUAAUGGUUCCAUCCGUAUGGGUAAAUUGCAUCUGGUUGAUCUGGCAGGCAGUGAAAGACAAGCCAAAACAGGUGCUACCGGUGAUCGUUUUAAAGAAGCCACAAAAAUCAACCUUUCACUGUCUGCUCUCGGCAACGUAAUUUCGGCCUUAGUUGACGGCAAAUCGAAGCAUAUACCCUAUCGUGACUCGAAACUCACACGAUUAUUGCAGGUUGGCACAUUGCGUUUCACCAAACGCUUUUUGCCAUUUAUUGCGGCACUAAAUCAGUAUGCGAAUCGUGCUAAGAACAUCAAGAAUAAGCCAAAAAUAAAUGAAGACCCAAAAGAUGCGUUGCUGAGAGAAUAUCAAGAAGAAAUUCAAAGGUUAAAAGCAAUGAUUCAACCCGGCACACCAACGGAAAGUGGUGAUUCGCAAACGUUGAAAAUGGAACAUGAACGACUGAAAGAGGAAUACCAGAAGGCUUUAAACGAACUUCGUAAUCAGUAUCAAAACGAACAAAAAAGUAAAGCGAAGUUACAAGAGGAGUACGUUCUGCUGAAGAAACAAUACGAGCAAGCGGUUGAAGCGUUGGAAAAUGAUAACAAUUUGGACAAAGACGAAUUACAAAAACGAUUACAGCUACUCGAAAAACAGUUCGUUGGUGGUGAACAAGCCAAUAAUGAGGUGUUGAAAAAGGAACGACAACAAAAAAUGCGUGAUGCUGAGAAGAAAAUGCAAAGGCUUGCAGCUGCACUCAACGUUCACUCGGAUGAUCCCUUGUUGCAUGUUUACAAUUCAACACAGGAGAAACUGGAAGCAGUGACAGCAUUGUUUGAUAAACAAAAACGAAAGGUGAAAUCGCUAGAGAGUGAAAUCGAGGACUUGCACGGAGAAUUCGAAUUGGAUCGAUUGGAUUAUUUGGAAACAAUUCGGAAACAAGAUCAACAGAUCAAACUUUUGCAACAAAUUUUAGAUAAGAUUCAUCCAAUUGUCAAACGAGAUUGCAAUUAUCACAAUUUGGACAGAGUGAAAAAAGAUGCAGCCUGGAAUGAAGAUCAAGGGAAAUGGAUUCUACCAGAAUUAUUCUUCACAAAAACGACCCUUCCAAGCGCGACUCCAGUGAUUGCUGUAAAUGCUGAUGACAGUCAUGGAUGUCGAUUUGAUGUGAACGAUGAAGUGCCAAAACUCAAGCAGCGAUUGGCAAAAAGCGAAGAAGAGAACAUAGCAAACACUUAUUUCAAACAGUUCAACGCGAAUAAUCUCGUCAAUAAAUAUAAGGCUGAUCGGCAUCGUUUAAUCGAUAAUCGAAACGGUUUGUCUGCAUCGAACAAGUCGACUUUAGAUGGACUCUUCAGUGGUGUUGUCUACACAGACGACAUAUACGAUAACUCAUUAACACAAUUCCGCAAACCACAACGACUACAAGCAUUGGCAUCAAGAUCAACAUAUACCUAG